AUGGCGGAUGUCGGCGAAAAAGAGUCGAAAGCUACCACGUGGGAUAAAUAUACUAUCGGGCACAAAGUUUUCCUGUGUUUCUGCAUUUUGCUUGUUGUUUCGAUUUUCUUAACGGUUGCCUUGCUGAUAAGAAUAGAGCUGAAGUUUCAACAAAUUGAUGCAGCUUUGCUGAAUGAAGUUAAAUCUUCAGACAACUCAAGACACGGUAGGUUGAAUAUUAUCUGUAAAACUAUUAGUUUUAUUCGCAAUAAAUAAUUUGAUAAAAUGCGCGCAUGGAUUUUAUCAUUAGCUGAGACUUAUGAAUAGGCUAUUUGCGAGUUUCCCCGGGCCUCGAUCUGUAUCAAAGCGAGGUCUAAGUGCUCAGCCUCUUAUAUGGAAACUUCUCGUGCAAAUAAAACUCAUUUCCACAAGAAAGGUAGUCACCUGUCAGUUUCACGGGCAGGGGCGGCGAAGCGCAAUUUCAACUUAGGGUGGGGGGGUGGGGGGGUGCUGCGCUUGAAAACUUGAAAACUUGAAAACGCGCGUCGGAAGGAAGUCCAGGGGCAUCCUCCCCCAGAAAAUUUUGAAAUCUAGAGGCUUCAACAUUCUCAAUGAGAUAUUUUUCUAAAAACCUUAAUCUGGAUAAGGUAUAAAAUGAUAGGUACUUCUAGUGUUAAGAGCAUGUACCUUAUACUUAAACAACACCAUUUUUUUCUCUAGAAAAGUGGGGGGGGGAGAGGGGAGGGGGGAGACAGCCCCCAGCUCCCCCGGCUCCGCCGUCCCUUAAUUGAGACAGCGUAGAGGCAGAAGCUAAUGAGAAUGCUCUUCAAAGUAUUUCUAGACUUCAUUUACUUUUAGAUGAAAUGCUGCGUCUUUCCAGGAGGAAACGUUGCUCAGAGAUUUGCUCGGCAAAUUUUUAACAUUACUAGAGUGAUGAUUAUUUGCUUGUUCAAUAAACUGCGAUCUUUGUUCUCUUUCGGUAUUCCAGAAAGUUGUAUCAGGAGACUAAAUAGGCACCUGUUUGAAUGCCUUUUUCAACAGACUGGCUUUAUAGCUAAACGUCUAAGUACUCUUUCAAGUGACUGUUUGCAAUGGAUUCCCCAAAUACAAUCACCUGUUGCUCUUGAUAAUUAUCUUAAAAUGUUAAAUUACAACUCACAAAUUGCUCUUGAGAAUUAUCUUCAAAAAGGUUAAAUUACAACUCACAGAAAUGUUGAAGUUUGCUGUCCCUUUGUCGUGAUCUUUCAUCUUCUAAUUUAAGUUGGUGCCGAUUAUUUCUUAGGUCCUUCUAUCGAAUUCAAUUUUGAUCGAGUGUCCUAAAACUCCUCAAGCGAAGAAUCUUUACGAUUACUGCACUGCACAUAGUGCACAUAGGUGCACAUUCCAAACAUGCCUAAAUUGUUACAUAUUCCAUACAUAUUUGUGCUAACGCUUUUGUCCUCUUUCAUGUAAGUAGGAAAAUAAUGUAUAGCUUUAUAGGAUUAUUAUGGCUGUUACGUACACGUCAUAGGUUGAAUUAUGAAGUACCUCAACGAAUUUUCUUCGCUCUCACACAGUGUCUACGUGCUUCGCAAAAGACACAAAAAGCGACUUACUUCGGGGAAUUUUGCUAUCUAUGCCGUUCAUGUAUUAGGAAAAGUAUUACAGUUUUAUGAGCUCCUCAUGCUUUUGUUGAAAAUCUCGCUAACAGAAGCCUCCGUCCGCAUGUUGGUGCCAAGCCAGGAUGCGUGGGUAUCAGCAUGCCGUCCCCAUACAAAUCUCGAAAUAUUCCUCUGACCUGAAUCUUGGGGACGGUCUUUGCAUAUUUACCUCCUUUCAUUUAUCAUAUUCUGCACUUUAUCUAUUGAACGGUUUUGAUUUUGAUUUUGAUCUGUUUUGAAUGGCUUGACACUGAAAACCAACAUUUUUUUUUCGUUCAAACUACAGAAAAAUCUCCUCACCGGGAUCAGAUUGUUCGUCGUAGUGUGACAGAUGGCACUCAAUCUGCCAUUACGUUAAAGCAAGUUCGCGAAGAAAUCAAAUCUUUGUGCCAAGCUCCAGGAACAACAUUUUGCCUAAAAGGAGGAAAAGGGGAAGUCGGAGUACCGGGAGUAGCCGGGAAGCGAGGACUCCCUGGAGCCCCAGGUGACAAGGGAGAUAUGGGCGAUAAAGGAGAAACUGGGUUUCCCGGACCCUCUGGCUACCCUGGAAUCAAAGGUGACGACGGACUAAUAGGCGCAAAGGGAGGAGACGGGCAAAAAGGAGAUGCAGGAGAGAUUGGGGAAAAAGGAUGUAUUGGUGCUACUGGCUCUAAGGGGGAUAAGGGAGCUGAGGGAGAUGUUGGAUGGCCGGGAUCAGCAGGACCGAAAGGUAAAGUGUUAAACUCAUAUGACGAACACAUUCAAACAGAACUACCCGUAACUUAGAAACUGACUCGCCCCCAGACGUCUCUCACUAUGUCUACCUCGUGGCGGUGUGAUGGGAAGGAGAAAAGCGAGGAAAAGAGAGACAUCCUGUCUCUCUUCUCCCUUCCCAUCACCUCCCGCUAUCGCCGUGUGCGUUACGCGCAAAGACGACUAGGGACGAGGCAGACUUGGAAAAGUUGAAUUUGAGAAGGAACAUGUCAAAGACUUGUUUUUAUUACUUAAAAUUGAAUGCAAGGGUGAUCGGGCACUAAGGAUGGGUAUCCCAAAUUUUCGGUAAAGGCAAAACUAACCUUUAUCAGGGGCUAAAUUUAUAAGUUGUUUGUACAUUGCUGACUCGGCGGUCAUCGGGCAAGAUUAAGCGAAUGGCUAGGGUUCUGAUUGACUACUCGAGCGGUGAAGAUGAGCCUACCUUUACUAAAACUUGAAAUAUUUGAUCUAAUCUUAUUUUUUGAUUGUAUGGUGUACUUUGUUAUAAGGUCAAUGAUUACUAUCAAGUUUGCCCUCAUCAUUUGCCUUUUUAAACACUUCACAAUCGUUUAAACUAGUAAUGUUAAAUAACGAGUUUAACAUGUUACUUACUCCGUUUUGAACACAACAUUUGUCAAUUCUGAUUGUCUGUGAGAUGUCCUUGCUCAGUGCAGUCAAUCGGGUAGCGGCUCGGUCGAACUUGAGACACGCGUGCGCAAGGAGUCAAGACGCGGCUUCCAGUCCGGUCGUUCAGUUAAAUCAGGGCGUUAGUUCGCUCGUUCGUUCGUUCGUUCGAACGACAAUCUUGAGUGACUGCUCUCAGCAUAACUUUCUGAAGCAAAACUAGUUUUUUCUUAUGCAAUUAGCUGAUAACUAUUAAGUCAUUUUCACUUAUUUACAAGUUUAUUUAUCUGUUUUAUCCGUUGUCUUGUCCAGGAGAGAAGGGAGAUUCAGGUGAAAUGGGACCGGAGGGACCUCCUGGUGCAAUGGGACCUAAAGGAGACAUGGGGAUAAAAGGAGAAACGUUUUGGGGAGCUAAAGGUGAAGUAGGUCCCCCAGGGGAAAGAGGAGAAAAAGGUAACCGUUGCUCUAUAAUCCUAAGGAACGGUAAAACGGGUAAAAAACAUGCAACGUACUUCGCAAGCAAAACGAGUGCAUGUCGAAGCAUAGCGAAUGUUGCAGUUUUUCCCAGCCUUGAAUCAAACCUGUCUUGCAUCAAACCAGGUUGUUGAAAUUUGCCCACAAUACUGACUUCUGAUUACUUAAAAUUACCCGGGAAGCAUGUUAUAUAUACGCGGGAUUUGAACGUUGGAACGAGGGUGGUUAAAGGCGCACAAAAGAGAGAUGACAGAGAUAUUGGAAAAGUUAACAAAGCUGUGUUGUGUAAAGAUGAAAAUUUUUAUUAUAACUCAUCUUUGAUUGACAUCAGAGUUACCAUGGCAACGUAACGGCGCCAUUACGUCUUUUACUUGCUUUUGAAUUUCUCGGUACCAGGAGUUUUUUCGAAAAUUGCUUAAGGGAGCUUGUACCUCCCUUCGCUUUCCUCAAUUAUGGCAAAGCUUGAAUGAUUUCUAUGACAGCGUUUUGGAAAUAUUUUGGAACGAAUUUUUAAAGGCCUUAAAAACAGUGAGUAACCAUGCAAUUGUUUUAUUUGUUCUUUUUUCCAGGAAUAAAGGGACAGCCAGGUCAAAGGGGAGUGGCCGGGCCUUCUGGUGAAACGGGAGCUUAUGGAGACCCGGGAAUGAAAGGAGAAGUAGGUCCCCCAGGGGAAAGAGGAGAAAGAGGUAACUGUUGUUCUAUAACCCUAAGGUACGGUAAAACGGGUGAAAAAACGUGCAACGUGUUUUGCAAGCAAAAUGAGUGAAUGUCGAAACAUAGCGAAUGUUGCACUUUUUACUACCCUUAUUAAAUCAAAACAGUCUUGCAUCAAACCAGUUUGUUGAAAUUGCCUCAAUACUGACUUCUGAUUAGUUAAAAUUACACGAGAGGCAUGCUAUACAUGGGAUUUGAACGUUGGAACUUGGUAAUUAAACGCGCACAAAAGAGAGAGAUAAUUCUUUCUUGACGCGCAACAUCACUUUUCAGCUCCUUUUGCAGCAAUUUUGUAAAACAAGUUGCACUAUUUUGUUGCCCGUUUUACAGUAGCUUCAGUGACUCUGUCACCAGAACAGUUCAAAAAUCAAUAUCGUACAAACCAAUUAUAGAAUAUGAAUAGAAGUCAAGGUCUUGAGGAAACAAAAUUCGGGCCGCCACUAAAACAUUGCCAACUUUUAUGUAUUAUACCAAAAGCCUAAUUAAGUCCAUUUAUUUUGUGGUUGGAUCGGGAACACAUUGCAAAAGAAGCUUUCGAAUUCUGUUAGCCAAUCAUUUAGGAUCAGACUACAGAUUAACAUACUAAGAGUCCCAAAAGAUUCGAGCGUGGGAACAUUGCAAAAUUUAACCUCGUUCAUUACCGGCAGUUUUGGUCCUCUGAGACCUGGUCUGUGAUUACCUCUUCCCUCUGUGGCUUCAAUAGGAUUUAGGCUACGACACUAAAAAUCAGGGAGUGAAUAGUAGCUACAGAAGUCUGUAAAUUCAAAAUAGGUCAAGUGAUAAUAAAGUGACAAUAACAUCAUUUUCGGACUGCCGCAAUCUUGGAUCCGCCAUCUUAAAUGUCAAGGGGAAAAAGGUUUCAAAUCGCCUCAACAUUAAACUACGUAACGGUGCUGAAAAGAUGUAUGUCAAGCUGAGUAAGAUGAUGGAAAAAUGAUUAACACGGUAAUUAGACAGCUAAACUUUGUUAAAUUUAAACAUUUAAGGUGUCUCGUCUGGAUUUUUCUAGAUAGAUCUCAAGUUUGAGCGUUGACUACGUUACCAUUAACAGAGAUAUCGCAAGUUAACACAGCUGUGUUGUAUAAUUAAAGAUGAAAUAUUGUUAUGAUUUGAUGUUUGAUUGACAUCAGAGUUACCAUGGCAACGUAAAGACGCAAUUACGUCUUUUACUUGUUUUUGAAUUUCUCGGUACCAGGAGUUUUUUCGAAAAUCGCUUAAGGAAGCUUGUACCUCCCUUCGCUGCCUCAAUUGAGGCAAAGUUUGAACGACUUUUAUGAGAGCGUUUUGGAAAUAUUUUGGAACGAAGUUUUAAGUGGCAUAAAAACAGUGAGUAACCAUUCAGUUGUUUUAUUUGUUCUUUUGUCCAGGAUUUAAGGGACAGCAAGGUCUGCCAGGUGAAAUAGGAGCGGCGGGAGUUCCUGGUGAGAAGGGAAUGAAAGGUGAAGUAGGUCCCCCAGGGGAAAGAGGAGAAAAAGGUAACCGUUGCUCUAUAAUCCUAAGGAACGGUAAAACGGGUAAAAAAACGUGCAACGUGUUUUGCAAGCAAAAUACGAUUGAAUGUUGAAACAUAGCGAAUGUUGCUUUUUUUACCACCCUUGAAUCAAAGCUGUCUUGCAUCAAACCAGGUUGUUGAAAUUUGCCUAAAUACUGACUUUUGGUUAGUUAAAAUUACGCGGGAGGCAUGCUAUACACGGGAUUUGAACGUUGGAACGUGGGUGGUUAAACGCGCACAAGAAAGAGAUAAUUAUCUCUUGACGCGCAACAUCACUUUUCCACUCCUUUUGCAGCAUUAUGUUACAAAACAAGUUGCACUAUUAUGUUGCCCGUUUUACUGUAGCUUCAGUUACUCAGUCACCAAGAGAGUUCAAAUCACAAAAUCGUAUAAACUGAUAAUAGAAUAUUUUAGAAAACAAGGUCUCGAGGAAACAAAAUUCGGUGUGUCACUAAAACACUGGCAACGUUUAUGUGUUAUCCCAAAAGCCCAAUUAAAUCAAGUAAUUUUGUGGUUGGACCUGGAACAAAUUGCACAAGAAGCUUCCGAAUUCUCUUGGUCAAUCGUUUAGGAUUAGACUAUAGAACAUUGGGAACAUUGCAAAAUUUACUAUAAUAACAAUAAUAAUAAUAAUAAUGUUUGCAUGUGAAAAUUCUCCCCCCCCCCCCACCUCUAUCGUCAAAAACAUAAUGGUCCGUCCCUUAGGUUAUGAUGUGUCUUCGUUUGUCUUGGUCUCCUGUUGUUAUUGCGAGCAACAAGGGGAGCCCGCAAUCCUAAUCUUUAGGUAGCUAUUACCCAUGCACCACACGUAUUUAGCCAGCUUCGUUUGGACUUCCAAUAAGAAUGAAUGGAUUACAUCAAAAGCAGUCAGAUCACGCGCGUUUGGAACUUCUGCCACUAGGAAUUUAAUCACGCCGUUUGACCACGUAUCACGUGAAACUUACGCAUAGCACAGCGUUUGAGCAAAAACGUUGGAGCCUUCGAUCGCUGUCGCUAGCUUACUCCGUACCCUUCAGUUACUAUAGCUACAAGUCUAAUCUACAUUUACCUUUGCUUUAUAGAAAGCGUUCGCGAGGAAAUCAAAACCCAGUUGACGUCAACUGUUAAGGCUAUGUGUCAAGCACCCGGAAGAGUUUGCGUCCCAGGUCUCCCUGGCGCUCCGGGACCCCAGGGAGAAAAAGGACAAAAAGGUUCUGACGGAAUGGUGGGAGUCAAGGGAGAAGACGGCAUUGAUGGUGUGAGUGGUCCAACUGGUCCGAAAGGAGAACGCGGAGAGAAAGGAGAAGUUGGAUCCAAAGGAGAACCCGGAGAUAAAGGAAACUCCUGUCAGGGAACCCCAUUGUUCAAGGGAGAGAAAGGUUUUUCUGAACUUUUUUCUCUGACCUUAUGCUAUGAGCAACAUAAUUACUAUACUCGUUGUACAUCAUACACUUAAUGUCAGAUCCCGAGGGAAACAGUUAGUUUUGUUUUCCCGAGAGUCCUAAUAUUUCCCGAGACGAAGUCAAGGGAAACAUCAGGACUCGAGGGAAAACAAAACUAACUGGUUUCCCGAGGGACCUGACAUUAAAUGUUUUGUUAUAUUUCUAGACUUUCACUUUAAUAGCAACAAAAGAAUAACCCGAGCGAACCAAAACAGUCGACUCUGUACUUAUGACAACACAAAUUUAAUUCUCAAAACCACGGAAUGAAUGAGUUACGAAGUACUUUCCUUAUAUUAUCUGCAUCUUUUUCCUCCACUACAGUGCCGUAGCCAGACCAAACGGCCAACUGAGGCAGGCGGGAGUUGCUAGGGGCGUUCGGGGGCAUGCCCCCCCGAGAAAUUUUGAACUUUAGUCUCUCGGAAAUGCGAUUUGCAGCGUUUUCUGCGUUUUCAGUAUUAAUACGGCGAAAAUUUUGGUUAUAUAUAUAUAUUUUUUAACUGUUAUAUUUUGGCCACGAAAUCUUUUCUGAGAGGCUCCGAUGAUCGCUUAUGUAAAAUAAAAAUGAUCGGCGAAAUUCGUCAAAAUUUUACCGAGGCGAGUGCCUCGGUUGGCCUCAUACUAGCUACGGCGCUGCACUACCUGCUGUUUCUCUUCUGGGAUGACUUUAAAAAUCGUUGCUUUUUAGCUUUAGGCUUCGUGUUUGCGUUGUUGUGUUCAUUUACGAAAAAGAAAACUGGCAGUGUUUUUCCCGCCUUCUGUCACACCACUUUCCACCAUGCUUUAAUCACUUGCUGUAAUGUAUCCCGAGCGGGGUACAUUCCUUAAUGUAUCACGAUCAGGAUACUCUGGUAUUCUUCGGGAGACCGGGUCGAGGUGGUUGUCGAAGUGCAUUGUGGGACUGUUUUAAGGAACAAAUUUCCCUCCAUGUUGAAAAUCCGUCCCCCAAAACAGUCCCACAAUGCACUUGACAACCAACUCGACCCGGUCCCCCGUGCAACCUCAAAGUGGCAAAUAUAAAAACGGUCGGAUAACGAUAACCACAACUGAUUUAAGGAAUCGCAGUUAAAAAAUUCGGGUUAUCUUUUUAAUGUAGGAGCAUAUUCAAAAGUCCGACCGCGAAGAGAAUGGUAAAUGAAUAAGUCAGAGGUUUUAGUUUCUUAAACCAACUGAAUUUUAAAAACGAAAAGACACAUUUCAUUCGAUUCGAUCUCGUCUUGCUUAUUUAUUACAGUAUUAGGUGAUAAGUAGGUUGAGUAUGGUAUUUGCCUGAAUGACGUCAUUUUACCACCAAAAACCAUUCAAAUGGCAAAUGCAAAAAUCUUGCGAUUGUUUAAAAUAUCUGAUUUUGACCAUAUUCUUGAUUUAUGUAACAUUAUCUAUUGUUAUUUUCCUUAUUGUUGUUUUCGUUUUGUUCAAACAGUGAUUUUUACAUUUCAGGUGAACCCGGCCGAAGAGGGAAAAGAGGCUCAAGAGGCUUUAGAGGCUAUAAAGGAAGUAAAGGUAAAAGAACUUAAUCGAACAAUUCAAUCAGGGUUAGUUCUCUCUCCUCCGCAGAGGCGCCCUCUGGUUAUCUCUAUAAAAUAGCAAUAUAUAAUUGAAAAAUUAAAAAGUGUGCGGGGAACGAUGGGAAGAGGGGAAAGGCCUUCCCAUCGUGCCCCGCUCGCGCUCUUCUUUUCACUCGCCCCAGGCUCCCCACAACACAAAGAGGCCUCUGCGGAGGAGAGAGGAGUUAGCUCAAGACCAUGAGAUGCCGGUUCUAGAGAGGAGAAGUCGUUACCUCACGUUGCUAUGGUGGCAAAAUUUCUGGAUGACAACACACCAAAAACGUUACUUAAAAAGUAAAUUUGCACUGUUUCAAACGUUAUCGAUCUUAUUCUGUUCCAUCUAAUUUGACAAAUGUUGGCGAACUUUCCUGGAAUUGAAUCCGAAAGGACCGUAUCUAAGUUUAAGAAAAGAAGAAGUUUUUGUGCUGUGUUCCACUACUCCAUAAAGCGGGCGCGUGAAGUUAGGAAGUUUCAUGUCGCAGUCGCGCAACGACAGCUAAGAAAUGUACCAAAAAGCAUGAUGCACGUGCAAAGUUGUUGUUUUGCUGAUCUAAGCGUAUUUUUUUUUUGCCGUUCUCGUUGCCGUCGCCGUCAUCGUUGCGUAAGCUCCACAUCAUGUUGUGAUCCAGAAACUUGGCUACCAUGGUAACGUGACAUCGCCCUUCUCCUCUCUAUUAUCCCCCAUUAUAAAGCCCAUCAAACCUUAACCUAUUUAUAUAUAAAAGUAAUAUUCAGUUAUAUGUUUAUUGAGGGUCAGAGUCACUGAGGUUAUUGUUUGUCAGUGAAUAAGUACCUGCUGACCGACUAGACGGGAAAUUCAGAUAUGCGGUGCAAAUUGUGGAAAUUUUAGGUAUCCGCUAGCGACUUAACUUAACAGGAACAAUUUAUCAUUGAUCUGUAAUCCUGAGAAGUUAUAGUGUCGUAUUGAACCCGGCCAAGAGCGAUGCAAACGGAUUUUUCAAGGUUCUCUUACUCUCCCGACAUCUUUUGAUUUCGCGACAUCCUGUCCAAAACUCAAAGUUUGGUGCAUGCGCAGUAACGGGAUAGUGUUCCUUUAAAAUAUUUCAAGCAACAACAAUAAUCUAGAGUCUGUUCAGCUAUAGCUGUUGGCCAGCCCGCCAAACGAGCGCAAAGAGGCAAAUCCAGUAGGAAAAGAGGCUUAGCGCAGGCGCGCUCACCAAAAAACAAACAAACAAAAACCAUCUAUGCUGGCUGUUUUAUUAUUUACUUAUUUAUUGCAUAGUGUUCUAUUUCAGUUGUAUCUCGGUACGUGUGCGCGUACAAUUUUAUUUUGAGCGCGCGCAUUAUUUGUUUAUUUAUUUAAUUGACGUGUACAUUUAGUUCGUUUAUUAACGUCUCAAUUAUACUUUGCGUUAUUUUCCUCACUUAUACAUUGUCCGUGACUGUGCUCACACGGUGGGUGGCUCCUCCUAAAAUGUUCUGCAAUUGGUAUAGGAUUUAAUGGAGCCGAAACCAAUUGUGGAAUUGCACGUAUUUUAGGCAUUCUACUGAUGAACAGUUGCGACACGUAGGUAUAUAAUUAUAUUUCUAGCAACUAAGAUAAUUUGCAGUCUGUCUACUUUGAAUUAUAGUUGGUUCAUGCUUAGAGUGCGUAUAUUGAGUUGUGGAUGCGCGCGUGAAGCUUGGAGAGCACGAGAUAAACGUAAGGGUUACUCAAGGCGUAUCCGAGAGCAAUUCUUGCUUCUUUUAGUAAUGUUGAUGAAAUUUAGACCAAACGCGGCAUGGUCAUUACUAUUAUCAAGUGGCAAGGCCACCCAUGCAAAUUUGCUUUGAUAUGAAGACCUCUAAAAAGCUCCUUUUUUGCAGGGGAACCAACAGGAAUUAGAGACCCGAACUUAAAGGAAAGAGUUCAAGGUAAUAACCGAAGGUUGGGAAAAUUUGGAUAACAUGGGAGUAUUAUAUUAAGGUUAAUUUACUAAUAAUGCAUUGAAAUUUUUUCAGUUUUGAGGUGAAAAAAUACUAACUUUCCUCAUUUUCAUAUCAGUAAUCUUUUGGCUAUUUAGGCCUUGUGAGGCUCUCAUGAGGGUUAAUCUUGUAACGAACUCCGAUCGUUGCCGUUGUGGUUCGUCAGUAAAUUUCUUUCUCCGUAGGCUUUCUUUUCAUUUUUGGAUGCUCAGGUUGUUGAAUGUUAAGCGAUAUUUUUUUAAAAAAAAAAACUUUACCUGUUUUUCUUCUUUUAAUAUUCGGUUCUUCUCGAAGAGGGUCUCUCCCUUUAUACAUAUAAAUUAGCAUUAGGUAGGGGCUGUUUGCUAUGAACAUACGCAGACGCAGAUAGGAGACUGAGAUAGACGCAUCAACUUCUUGAUUGGCCUUUUUGUUAACUAUGGGUGGACCACAAUACUUAGCGUUAGGUUUCAUCGUGAUCAGAAAUUUGUUGUUCUGAAUGGUAUUCUUGUCAUGUCUUUUUACAUUAUGCAUUUACAUUGUAUACUAGAAAUACGUGUAUCGCAGAACCUCGCGAGGCUCAGGGGUGAGCGGCCCAUAAAAAGCUAGGAAUGGGAGGGCAGAAGAGAAAUAGAGUAAAAAAACUAAGCCAAAGAGGUGUGUUUAAAGUUUUACUCCAUCCUGCCUUAGGCAUCGAUCUGAUCAACCUGAUGACGUCAACAGUAAAGUCCGUGUGUCGGAGUCCAGGAGGAGUUUGUGUAGCAGGACCUCCAGGACCUCCGGGUCCCCCUGGUCCGAAGGGAAGUCCCACUGCCGUAUUUUCCAGGGGGAUUAUUGGCAAACCAGGACCGCCUGGACCAAAAGGAGAGCGAGGAGCACGAGGCGUGUCAAUACGGGGUUAUCCCGGGCCCCAAGGAUCCAAGGGACAGAAAGGCUCACCAGGUUGGGGAAUCAAGGGUGAACCGGGUCCCGAGGGAUGGAAAGGACGGACAGGGCCACCAGGCUUGUCAAUAAAAGGUGACAUUGGACCCGAAGGACCAAAAGGACAAAAGGGUAUGUUUUAAUUGAGUUCUUUGUUUCAUAUUGAGUGGAAUACUUGUCAUUCAACUAAAUCAGCCAAAUGCACUUUCACGACAAACAAGCAGCAUUUACCAUUUAUCGUAAGGCUAAGUUACCCAGCAAGAUCAACUAUUUCACCAAUACGAAAUAAUACGCACUCCUGUUAUAUGGCAGAAUCCGCGAGAGUGCAAGAUGAAGCUUGAAGCAAAUCCUUUGCUUUGUUUGGCCACCGGAGAAGGGGGCCUAUCUUGCCCGCACCAGAUGUCUCGCGUUGGUCCCGCAAGAAAGAACGAACGGUUCUCAUUUUGGCCAUAUAAUAAAUCCUUUAUAGAUCAAGCUUGCUCGUUCAAGGUGGCUGGAUACUGAUCUCGUCCCGAUCUGCGUUUAAACUGACCUUUACUUUCUUUUGGUCCAUAAUAGAAACGCGAAAAAAGAACUUCGCCUAUAUCCAGUUAUCUUGACCUCACCCUUGGUCAAUUUAAUAACAUAUAAUUUUCACCGAGUUGAGUGCUCACGAAGACUGCAUUUGCACUAAACCCCCUGCUGUUCUACUAAGAAGAAUAAAACGUAACUCGCUCAAAAAAUUACAGUUUGUUAAUUUUGGUGUAAUGGUUUUUUAAUCCCUCAGGAGAACCUGCAGGUUCAUAUGUCCAAGGAGAUGGUUUAGAUUAACAGACUCUCUUGGAAAUACAGAGAAGCGCCUUUGUGGUCAACAUCGCACAAAUAAUUAAAACCAUCUUAACUUGAUUUUUUACAAGUUUUAAGUCGUUGUUGUUGUUUUUGUUUGUUUGUUUUACAUGGCGGUAACGUUGAUUUAUAUACUAAUAAAAUCUGCUCAAAGACUCUCCUGACAGGGAAACUCUUGGUUAUUCUGUGAGGUUUUCAUAUUAGCCGUUUUCUUGGUUUACCCCCUAAGAAAGAUAACCGCCGGGUUACUUUGAAUUUUCGGAAGCUUCACUGGGUGCUGCUAAUGUAGGAACGUUAAAAGAACUUGCUUCGUUGUUGUUGUUGUUGGUGGUGAUUUUGUUUGUUUCUUCGUGUUUUCAAUUAAAUUGCACCUCUAUUUUACGUUUUUUUGAAAUAGAAUUCGAUAAUCAAUAAGCAAAAAAAGUCGUCUUUCUAUCUUCUCAAGUGUUUUGGGGUGCAAAAAAACCUUGCGGUAAAUCACUUGCCUUUGGAGCGUGAUCUAGCCGUACAGAUGUGAACGUCAAACCGCAAACCUGACGGCAAGGCCCUAGUCACGUGACUUCUUGACGUCUGCGGUUCGCUAGAAAUGCCAAAACACCUCAAUCAUAAGGUCUCUAAUGAAACACCAACCUUACCUCAGGGCCGUGGGGUAAUCUCGUACCUAGAUCUCUUUUCGACGAAACUGGGUACCGAGGGGAAAUCCUCCAGGAAGAUUUGGGUGAGGGACUGUGCGGCAACACGAAACCGUGACAAUUAAAAUAUUUCAAGAAUAUUUGGUCCAAGCUACUUUUCACCGAAAAAAGUUUAUUAACACAAAGAAAAAGUGCGUGUUAAAAAUCAGUCGAAAGCGUUUUUCACUUCAAGUCUUUAUAACGACUUAAACUAGAUAGAUUGUUUAAACUUCCAUGUCGACAGUUACAGGAGUCAAAGCAAACUUUUUUGAAGUCGAGUAAAAGUUCAGCAAGUAAAAAGAGUUUUAGAUUCGAGUUUACCGCGAACCUCUAACCGCGGUUUGCGGUUACCCGUUUGCGGUUCGACGUUCAAACAUAAUUUUAUUUAGAUUGGCGGUGGAUUAAAGAAGUGGAUUCUGGUUUAUUUUUCCAUUUAGAAAUAGAAGAAAAAUCAAUCAGUGAAAAUAAAAGAAAUUUAAGGUAACACUGGGUUAUCUAGCAGCAAAGAGCUGUAAAUUCUUACAUUAGUUCUUCUUGCAAUUUUGCUGCCGCCAUUUUGAAUCAGCAGCCAUGAAUGGCAGUUGUUUUCAAGAUCCAAUAGGAUUGAUCAAAUUUAGCAUUUCUCCCGAAUUUGCGCCUCUGUUAAUGGAUACAGACUUGCUCCACAAGAUUUUUGUAUCAUUACGUGGGAUAAAACAAGAAUUAUACGCUAAAAGCUUUCAGGUAAAUGGCAUUCGUGAAAACCUAUCUCCCCACAUUGAAAACGCACGUCGUAAACCUCAAACGUGACGCGAAAGACUUGUCACGUGACCUCCAGCGGUUAGAGGUCCGCGGUAAACUCGGAUGUAAAACUCUGUAAUAAAGGCAGAAAGCUUGGAAAAACUAUAAGGUUUAAAAUGCACGAAGUCAUUCUAGUAACAAAGGUAAAGUUAAGUUGGGAAGCCAUAGGGUACUAUCCAUUCCAAGAAAUGUUCUGAAUUAAAUGCCAAAUACAAAUAAACAUAUUAACAUAUAAUACAAAUAAACAUAUAAACUUAGUUUUCUGGAACUAGUGAUCAAAAGAGAUCAGUGAUGGCUUUUUAAAACACGGUAUGUAUUAUGUCUGAGAAACGCCGAGUCCCUGCGGAUACUUUAACCCUGUUUUAUAACCUGAUAAUUGUACCUGCACCUUGGAACGUAUCUAAGUUUAGAAAAAGAAAAUUUUUGUGUUGUGCUCACCUACUUGAUAAAGCGGGCGAGUGAAAUUAGGAAGUUUCAUGUCGCAGUCGUGCAACAACAGCUAAGAAAUGUACAAAAAAGCUUGAUGCACGUGCAAAGUUGUUCUUUUGCCAAUCUCAAUUUUGUGAUCCAGAAAUUUUGCUACCAUAGUAACGUGACGUCACAAUUAGAACAAGAACGCUCUUAGUGGCGUCGAGUCUCGCUUGCUUGGAGCCAAUGGGGCUAGGAGAUAAGUUUUGUUGUCAAAGGCGCUGGUGCUGUUAUGUUACUUUUUCGAUUUGAAUACAAAACGCUUUCAUAUGUCAUAAUGUAAAUACUCAAAACGUACAAAUUGCAAGGGGAGACAGGCCACACAUCUUAGCUUCACACCGGUAUGAAACGUUUGACCUUAUAUAACAGACAGUUGAUUCAGUUCUCGCGAAUUCCCGUUGAAUUUGUUGUCCGUUUUAUAAGAUAUCAAAAUCGCGCGCAACUAAUUAGAUUUUCCAUAGCUGCUUAGUAUCUGCUUUUGAUAUCUCCGGUACAGUUGUUUACGUGAUCUCAGAGUACAAUUUUUAGAGCUGUACACAGCAUGCAUUUUGUCACAGUAUCACUGGGAUAAAGCGUUUCUAUUUCUAGGAAAAUUUUCUUUUUCUCGUCAAAACAAUCACUGACUCAGUCAGACUCGGAGUAGUUCACUUAAAUUUAGUGCUCAGUACAGCCAACGGGGUUAUAUUCUGUAAAAUUUAUCUACAGUCUGUGGUCCACAAUAACAUCACCACGAUCUACGAUUUAUUUAAAAUUUAUUUUAUUUCAAUUUGUUUUAACCGAUCCUCGAUCUCUGAUCCCCGAUCCCCGAUCCUCGAUCCUAGUUUUCCAGUAAACCUCGAAGUUCUGCUCAUUAAGAUUGUUCUUUUUUCGAACACUGAAGUAAUCACUUGUUCUAAAGUUAUCCUCGCUUUCAAGUGAUAGAAUUCGUGGACCGACCCAUUCAAGGAAAAGCUCGAUAUGGGAUUUCUAUUCUAUGGACAUGGAUCGACAUGAAAGGCUGCAUGUAGAGUGCCUGAUAGUCAAGUACAAGGCUACCCGUAUAAACAAAUCCGUGACACAUACUUAGCUUCCUGUAGUAGCUGAAGGUUCAACCAUUGAUAUCUCAGGUAUUUGUAAAGUGCAACGCGACGUCACAUCUUAACGACUACGAAAAUCUAUCAAUUAAAUACAUACAACAUCGUGAAUCUAUUUAACCGUAGGGUACCAGUAAUUGCGACAAUAUUCUGAGAAACGUAACGCCUCAAUACACCACAAAACAGGAUUUCCCCUCUAUAAUGAUCCUUAUUGAGGUAUUUACCUUAUAAUACGCGUGCAUAAUUACACGAAAAUCAAGGGCCACGAGUUGGGGAAAAUUACAUCAUUGCCAAACAGCAGAAAACGUGAUCAACUUACAUGCGUCAUUUUAGUCAUGGCUGAAAAUAAACCGCAUGCUCAUCACGAGUCUUAUUUGUAUACAACGAAAGUCGUCACGAUUCUUAUCCCCAGUUUCCACGGUCUCAGCUAGGAACGCCUGGGACCAUGGCCGACCAUUUGGGGAAGACCGACGAAAAAAAAGAAAAAAAUGCCUGUCUCGCUCUGCUAAAGUAAGCUCGACUAAUUAGAUACAAGAAGAAUCGUCAACGUAGUAUAUUUACUGAAAUGUUUUCAAAACAGCAUUAUUAUCCCGUACAAUGACUGAUUAUAAUGGAGAGUCUAAAUGGUCCAGUCCCCGAAUAAACCAUACACUGAAACGUAAGACUAAAAAUAAUAUAAGUAAGAAAGUUUUCAUUUGAAGGCCGAACGGGGUAAAUUUCAUAGCCUCUCUCGCAACCAGUCCCUCUCAUGUCCUUGGCCUCCUUAUGAUUUAUAGCAUCCUUAGCCGUUAUGACCGCUGCAAAUUAGAAGAAGGGGAAAAACUUCACCCAUGAUAUUUCAUUGCCUGUCUAUACAGGCCUUAACCGAACGCCAAACUUUUCAUGAGACGAACCAAACUUAGUGAGUUAAGUUCAUGAAAAAUUCCACAUCUGGCUCAGUUCAGUUUGUCUGAAUGAGUUUUAUCCGUCUCCUUCAUCUACUUAAGGCGAACGUCUGAAGGUCGUCUCCGGGACAGACGUCGAUCUCCACAUGCGGCGAACAAGAGUAAUAUGAUAAAUUAAUAAUUUGUAUGAUAAUAUACAUUUAGCUUCGUUCGGGAGAUUCAGUUGAUUGGUUCGUCGCUUCCUAACAGACGAUCUUAGCUUAGGUUAGGUCGACCCAAAUUAGAGUUUCUGGUUUGUCUCAUAAAAAGUUCGACGUUUAUUUUGGCCUAGGCCUUAGAUCAAACCAUCUUGGUCUACAACGGACUCAACAACACAAUCACUGAUUCAGUUUUAUGGAAGCAAGUACUGGAAUUGAAAAAUAGAUAAAUAAAGAGAUAACAUUCAAAUGGUUUCUUUGGCCACGGUUUGAGAGUGAUUUGAGGAAAAAAACAAUAACUUCGCAAUGGCUUCGCAAAGUCGCAAAUUUUACAGAAGUUUCUAUGGUGGGGGACACCUGUCCAACUUUGGAGCGCUAUGUUUUCGUUCACAUUAUACACCUUUCACUUUCAAACUUGGUUGCUAAUGUUUACGAAAGUUAAGUCGCUCUUUUAAGACAUUUUGAAGUUCUAUUAUCGCCAAAUGAUCCUCAUCAAAACUUUAAACUCUAUCGCCGGUUAAUGGUACUAACGACUCUCGUUGUUGACAAUGCGAUGUUAUUUUUGCUGUGUUUACUCACCAUGUCUUUGGAGGGCAACACAAGAUUACCUUAGGAUCGGUAUAGCUUUUCCUGCACCAUUUUCCGAGACCACAACCCUUCAAAUUUCUUUUUUGGGUGAGGACGGCAGCUCGGUUGCAACGAGGAAGGCAGAAACAAGGCAGAUCAGCAGGAAUGUAGACUUCAUUUUUUUCUAAAGAAAACAAAGUGGUAAAAAAUAAUAAUAGGUCAUUUUACACUUGUUGGCUUAGUAUCCUCGCCUUUGAGUGAACGUGAGGCUGUGGUUGACCUUGUUUUGAUACAAACCUCUCUCCUUUUUUAUGGAAAUUAUGCCCAAAAAAUGCUAGUUAGCUUAAGAACAACAUGUGUUAAAUUAUAAAGCAGGAAAGGUUGUAUCAAAACAAGGUCAACUCUAGCCUCGUUUUCAACUGUAACUGUAAAUGGCUCUUUCUGCUUAAGAUCCGACGACGGCGACGGGAACGAGAACGGCAUAAAAGCAAUAGGUUUAGAUUAGUAAAACAACAACUUUGCACGUGCAGCACUGGUGCUUUUUUGUCGACACUUCUUUGCCAUCGCUACACGACUAUAACGUGAAAGUGCCUAAUUUCACGUUUUGUCGAGGACGGGAACACAAGACAACAACUUUCUUUUUUUUUUCCCUGAACUUUGAUGCAGUCCUUUAGAAUUCAAGUCCAAAAAUAUGCCAACAUUUGACGGAUUUAAACGAUCGAGAUAGAAUAAGUGUCAUAAAGUUUAAAGCAGCCAGCAUUUACUUCUUAAGUGACGUUUUCGUAGCCGUCGCCGUCGUUGGAUCUUAAGCUCCCUAAAAUUGCGUGCGAACAGAGAAGCCUGCAAUCCUAACUCCAGGAUGUUAUUAGUUGCUAUUACGGAUGCCAAAGCCAACAUAAAAACAAACCGCUAAGUCCAUAAAAAGUAUUUAAAGGCCGAUAAAUCUGUCCCUUUUUAUUUCCGUCCUUUUUUUUGUUGUUGUUUAGUGGGAAAGUCUGAAAAAGGAUUUGAACAAAUGUUUUUAAAGAACAGCGGUCCCGCACGCACAUGCAUGAUUUAAUGUUGUUGUCGGAAAGGAGGUUAGGCAAUUAUUUCGAUUCAUCAUCUCUAGAGCUAGGGAAAGUGAAAGGUGUCAGUAGUAGAUGAAACUCUCUUCAAGAUUGAAUAAGAAAAGGAUAAUGCAGAAAAGGAUGCCAGCCUAAUGGCAAGAUGAAAAUGGAGAGAUGUAGUCAAACAAAACUUACGCUUGACGAAAACAACGAGCUGCUUUAUGACACCCACUAACUAUUAUUAUUAUUAUUAUCAUUAUUAUUAUUAUUAUUAUUAUUUUAAAGAGGCCUACGAGAAGCGUCAAGCAGGGAUUCAAAACUACAAAUGAGCACAAGUUCUUUGCAUAUAAUCUCUAACAAAUAAUUGUAGUAACUCUAAUCUUGGUUGUUGACAAGAACGAAACAAGUUUCGUCAGACAUUAUUUAGUAACGUGAGCAAUGGUAAUUCUUUAACCAAAAAACUCUUAGUGUUCGUAAAAAAACGUAUUCUAAAACGACUUCGGCAAUUUCCAUGGAUAUUUUAAGUGUUUCUAAACAUGCUGCUAGAAAUUUCCAUGGCCUGUUCAGUUCUGAUAUAAUGACAUCGGAAGUCUCCAUGGUCAUUUUGCGAUGCAUAAGAAUUGCAAUGAUAAAUCGAAAAUAUUCUUGAGGGCAUUUGACGUUGGAAAUUUUCAUGCCUAUUUUGAGGGCCCUCUAAAGAUGACGUUUGAAAUUUCCAUGGUCGUAUUGCAAAUCGCAAAAGUCCAAAGGCUUCCAGCAUUUUUGUGCUCAAUUUCUUAAACAUUUUCGUGAGUAAAGAAAAUUGCUUUAAAAAAUUGCAAUUUUUAUCAUUUAUCAUUUUAUUUAUGGUAAUGAAAUAGAAUAACUUCCAAGUUCUUGCCACUAAGAGGGAAAUGUUAUUUUAUAAUUAAAAGUAGUUUUCACCCUAAGGCUCAAAGAACAAACCUGGUAAUUGUGAAAUAAAAACCUCAGCUUUUUGUAACACGUGUCAUUUGACCAAAGAAAAAAAUGUAAAAAAAACCGAAUAUUAUGUAUUUUGUUGACAGUCACACUGCUAACUGGGCGAAAUUAGCCAUUGAUAACCUUACUUCAGCCUGAUUUUCAUGUUUUCUUAGCAACUUCAGCCCCCAGUUUAAGUCAUCGGAUUAAUGUGCCAUAAUUCGCCCCUUUAGAAUAUCGCUUUUUUUCAGGCCUUUUUAUAUAUCCUCAAGUCCUAGCACCAUUUCAGAACACAUCCAUGGUUAACUUAUAUUAGAACUUCCCGGUAAUAGCACUGCGGAACAUUGCCUCAUUAUAUAUAUAUAGAGAGAGAGGAAAACAUUUUUCCGUAAAUCAAAUGUCUAAACAGUCUAGCAAAGGCACAAAAAUAACACAACUGCACAACUGGACUAAGCUGGACUAGAUGGUACUCGUUCAAUGUAUAAUUUAGAGAUGACUGACUUAAAUGAAAAUAUUAGUAGCUAAAACACACCAAUAAUUCUAUCAAAAUCAACUAAAAUGAAGAAACUAAAAUUUGUAAUACUAUCUUUUGGGGAAAGAAAAAAGAAAUCUCUUAAUUCGCUUGUCACCGAUGAGAUACCGAAUACGGCUAGACUUAAGAGUAAUCCCGCCGUUCAAGAACCAAGAGUCAACGAAAGUUGUCAAGCAAGGUAUCAAGGGUCUUGGCUUUUAGGGGUUAAAAAAAGUAAUUUGUCUUUGUGUUUAUGUAAUAAAUAUCGGCCAAAAAUCAGCCGAAGAGCUAAAGGUGCGAGAAAUCAUGCCCGCUAUAAUAUUGAAAACCUGCAGCAAAGUUAAGAACACGAAGUUCAAUGUCACCUGUGUGAUAAAGGUUGUAUGUUGAUUACUCUUGGUGCCACUUGUAUCCACGCGUCGAUGGUCACAAACAAAAUAGCAGAUCUAUAUGUUCUGCUUUAAUUUGAGCUUAUUUUGUCCUUAGCCUCCCAGCACGCAGCUCGUGCGGGAGGACACGCGACGAAGCCCUAAAGGUGAUUUUGUUCUUAAGUUAAAAAUCUUAUGACCUCUAUAAAAGGAAUUGUUUAUGCUCAAAAAAGCUCAGAUUUCUAAAAGAUAAAUAGAAUCUAAAUUAACGCCUUUUAAGUAGAAACCGUUUAUUGUCGAAAAUUCAUCUAACAAAGAAGAGCUUUCACUUUCAUUUUUUUUGUUAAGGAAAGCUCAGAAUUCAAAAACAAUGUAAAUUAAAAAUUAAAGCAGAUUCCUAUUUAACGUACUUGAUGCAGAAACCAAUUAUUGUAGAAAAGUCGUCCAGCGGCCGACCUUUCAUUUUCAUAGAGGGAAAAUCGUAGGAUGAUUUUAAUUUGAUUACCAACAACUGUGAUAACAUUGGACAAGAACGUGUCCAUACCUUGCUUACCUAUAGAAUAUGUUAUUAUUAUUAUUAUUAUUAUUAUUACUAUUAUUAUUAUUAUUAUUAAUGCAGUUAAUGGACGGCUGUCAAAUACCUUUCCGCUCGCGCAAGAGGUGCCGCAAGGGUCUCUCCUAGGCCCGCUUCUGUUCACAGAAUAUACCAGCGAACUAUUAGAGAUAGUGCGUCGACACUUGCCAAGCGUGACCUCUUACGCCGAUGAUACGCAAUUGUACUUGGCGUUCAGUCCAAACGUGCAGGGUGAUGACGCUAGUGCGGUAAAGGCCAUGUGUGAUUGCAUCAUGGAUUUAAGGAAAUGAAUGAUUAGAGACCGACUUAAGUUAAAUGAUGAUAAGAAUGAGUUUUUGCUCCUUGGUACCAGGCAACAGCGGGGUAAGGUUGACAUAAGUAGUAUUUUUGUUGGUGAGUCUGCUGUGAACACAAAGCCAGUUGUCAGGAAUAUGGGUUCCUGGUUUGAUUCUCAACUUAGUAUGUCUACUCAUAUUAGCAAGCUCUAUAGCUCAGCUUUCUUUCAUCUAUAUAACAUCAGUCGUAUUCGCAAGUUCCUAAGACCGUAGUCAUGCAUUCGUCACUUCUCGCGUUGACUACGGCAGUAGCCCUUUGUAUGGCCUACCUGUCUGGGCGGACACUUUAACCUUGUUUAGGUUUAAAGGAAGAGUCCAUGUUGUGAUCUUUUCAUCCAUUGGCUGCUAAAACAAAUGACGAACACGUACCGAAACCAUUUUUCAAGGUCAUACGAAAAUCGAUCCAACUGCUACUGUAAAAGUAAACGGUCAUCAGAGAAAAUAUAUUCUCAACCUGCACCUUAGGACACUGGAGUGAUGGGUCAUGCCCUACACAAGAAUAAUCGUCAGCGUAGUAUAUUUACUGAAAUGUUUCAAAACAACAUAGUUGUUUCAAUGGCUGAUCGAGUAUAAUGGAGAUUGUAAAUGGCCCAGUCCCCGAAUAAAGGAUACACUGAAACCGUACGUAAGACUAAAAAUAAUAUAAGUAAGAAAGUUUUCAUUUGAAGACCGAAGGGUAAAUUUUAUAGUCUCUCUUGCAACCAGUCCGUCUCGUGUCCUUGGCCGUAUCCGUAGCCGUUAUCACCGCUGCAAAUUAGUGGAAGAAGAGAAACAUCACCCAUGAUAUUUCAUUGCCUGUCUGCACAGGCCUUAACCAAACGUCAAACCUUUCAUGAGACGAAUGAAACUUAGUGAGUUAAGUUCAUGAAAAAUUCCACGUUGUUUUGUCUUGAUAUUGUUGACCAACUAGAUGGAUUUUACUAAAACAAUUAUUCCUCUCGCCCUUUUGGCCUCUGAGUCAAUAGCCCAUUCGGCCUUCGGCCUCAUGGGCUAUUGACUCGGAGCCCAUUCGGGCUGGAGGAAUAAUAAUGUUAAUUAUUUUAUCCCACUCUAUUUUAUCCCCCUCGCGCUUGAUUAACCAGUCAGAGAUUUCAUAUCUUACAAGCUUCGUUAUCUAGGUCCGUACUGUAAGUUAAGGACUCGUUUUCUCUCCUGCGCUUCUUCGCGCUUGGGCCAUAAAUCAACAGUAAACAGUUGGUGUUAAAUUGCAGUACGGACCGAGAUGAGGAGCUAGCCGGGUAACAGGUAUCUAGCUCAAUCAAAACUUCGAAAAAAAUAAUGGAUAUAAAAUUUAAAGUAUCGCUAUUUUUUACUUUACCCUUGAGCGAGGCUGGGAAAGAAAAUUAGCAACUCCCGCCGUAUCCGCACGCAUUAUUAAUUUUCGACAAUGCGAUUGAUUAUUUUUCAAGAAUUUUCAAGGAUCUACCAAUAAAACGGUUGGUUGACCUGAACAGAAUACUGACUCUUAAGUGUGAUAAGUGGCGUAUUCACCAUCGAAUACUGCGAUUUAUCUGUCUGCCUGUUUGCAUACCUGUCUUUGUCUAAAACGACAUACAAUUUAACAACCUGCGAUCUUCAAACGCCUUUAUUCAUGGUAUCUUUAAGUGAAAUACAUCUUACCACGACCUUCUGUAGCGACUGUUUGCCUGAAUUUGAUGUUCUUUCCAAGGAGAGACGGGUCCCGUUAUAACUACCAUCAUUUUGCCAAUACCAACUCUUUGUUUUACAUUUUGCCUUCCUCGUUUAACAAUUCCAGGAUGUACCGAAUGGCCUUUUUUUCCUCUCACGACGAAAUGUAAUCACCCAACUUGAAAAUGCGGUCUACCUAUCUCUCCUCCGUUGUACUCCUUUGUUUCUUACUGAUGCUGGCUUCGAUGUCAAGUGCGUUCACGAACAUGCUCUCGGUUUCACAGCAUGGACCUCGGAUUCUAAUUGGUGAGUCAAAUAAACUUGCAAUUAUUUUUACGCUUGGUUCAAUUUGUAUAAAAAAAAUUGGUGAAACAUUUCCUCUUUCCCAUUGUAAAGUUAAUUAUUCACAAGUUGCACAAGAAAAAGCGCGUGGAGGAAGAAGACAACAACUCUAAAAUAAUUCAACUUGGCAGAUGCACGUUUACCUUAGUUAACCUUUAUUUGACUCUGUAUCAGAGUCUUGUUUCACUGCGACAUUACAAUGAACAAGCUUCUACUUGUACGUUUUUGAAGCAUUCUUGCGGCGAUUGUGUACGGCGGAGAAGCUUCCAGACCGGCCGCAUACAAGUGGCUAUACAGAAUUGACCGAAACGGAAAGCCAUGCUUGAAAGUCUCUGACACCCAGGGUACGUCCUCUUAGGCUAACUUGAAAAACUGACAACUGCUGAAAAUUGCUGAAUAUUUGUACGCUAAUUAUUGAAUAUCUAUUAUUUUCUCUAACGAUGAAUGAUUCUAGUAAAACCUGCUUCCAGCGUUGCGAGGUCCUCUUGAAGUUUCAAUUGGCUCUUUUUAAUGCUUUUAGAUAAAUCCUACGGAGUUCCUAUAAAUCUGACUUGUAACGAACGCGAGACCAGUAAAAUUGAUGUCAGCGGUAUCUCGCUCUUCAAGUCAAAAAGAGCGAUUAUAGCAAACCAAGUCUAUCCUGGAAUUUAUGCGCAGUCUCAAAGCGAAUGCCAGCGAACGUUUCAUCCAGUGAACAUGAACAAGCCAGCAGGAUGUCAGCUGAAUCUGUCAGGAAGAAAACUGUCAUCGGAUGUCAUGAUUGUUACAGUUUAUCGAUGCUUGACAACCUCUGACCUACAACGUCGGCUAAAGUUAGUUCACAUAAGUAAGUGUCGGGGAGUUCCGAGGGUGCAAUCAAAUUAG